AUGCAGGCUGCGGUCGAUUGCAAUUACCUCUACAGGGAUGUUGUGAUUGGAUGGCCUGGGAGUAUUCACGAUGCUCGCGUUUUUUCCAACUGGGCAAUUUAUAAGAAUGGAAAUGAGCAAAACCUUUUCCCAAACGACCUAACAAAGGAGAUAAAUGGAGAAGAAAUCCCGCCGUUCAUUGUGGCAGAUCCAGCUUAUCCACUCUUGCCGUGGGUUAUAAAAGAUUAUCCCAACGACAAGAAUGCACCUAGGCGUGAAUGGGUGUUUAACUAUCGACUGAGUCGUGCCAGGGUGACAGUGGAAAAUACUUUCGGCAGAUGGAAAGGAAGAUUUACUCGAUUUUCUAAGCGAGUUGACAUGGAG